GUUGAAAGGUCAUAGCAAAACCGGUUGCUGGAUGACGGCGUGGGAACACAGUCAAUGAAGGAUCUCACAUGGCUGGUCGACUACUGAAAGUAUCAUCUGUUGCCACUGCAGUAUUCGCAUCCUCUGGGUUCUACCUGUACAGCAAAAAUCUUGACCUCAAUGACCAUAGCAUCAUCCGAUUUGGGAGGGCAGCUGUGACGACAGCUGUUAUCAGUUAUGACUACCUCACGGCUCUCAGAGAUGUGCAAUAUGGCACCGAAGACUACUGGGUUGUCAAAUCAAAGCUUCACCUGCGCUCGGCAGAGAGACUCAGGGACUUGUGUUGUGCUAACAGAGGCACCUUCAUUAAAGUGGGCCAGCACCUGGGGGCCCUGGACUAUCUGUUACCUGAGGAGUACACCAGCACGCUGAAGGUCCUUCACAGCAAAGCACCCCAGAGCUCUAUGGAGGAGAUCAGACAGGUCAUUCAGGAAGACCUGGGGAAAGAGCUCGGUGAGCUUUUCAUCCAGUUUGAAGAGAAGCCCCAGGGGGCCGCCUCCCUCGCUCAGGUCCACAGAGCGGUUCUUCAGGACGGUAGAACCGUUGCAGUGAAGGUGCAGCAUCCCAAGGUCCAGCAGCAAAGCUCCAAGGACAUCAUCGUGAUGGAGUUCCUUGUGCAGGUUGUCCAUUGGUUGUUUCCAGACUUUGCUUUCAUGUGGCUGGUGGAGGAGGCGAAGAAGAACAUGCCUCUGGAGCUGGACUUCCUCAACGAGGGCCGGAAUGCCGAGAAACUAGCAGAUAUGUUGAAGCAGUUCGACUUUUUGAAGAUCCCAAAGAUUCACUGGGAACUUUCCACCAAACGUAUUCUUACAAUGGACUUUGCUGAGGGCGGUCAGGUCAACGAUCGAGAAUACAUGAGUAAACAUAGUAUCAAUGUCAAUGAGAUCUCCCAGAACUUGGGCAAGAUGUACAGUGAGAUGAUAUUCGUCCACGGUUUUGUGCACUGUGAUCCUCACCCUGGCAACGUGCUGGUUCGGAAAGGUCCUGAGAGCAAUAAGACGGAAAUUGUGUUACUCGAUCACGGUCUGUAUCAGGUGCUGAAGCAGGACUUCAGGCUGAACUACUGCAAGUUGUGGCAGAGUUUGAUAAGGGGAGAUAUGAAGGGCAUCGAGCGUUACAGCAGGCGAUUAAGUGCAGGAGAUCUCUACCCUCUAUUUGCGUGUGUCCUCACCGGACGCUCUUGGAAGUCAGUGAACGAUGGCAUCAGUCAGUCCCCUGUCACUCAAUCGGAGGAUGUGGAGAUCCGUACGAACGCAGCGCUCUACCUCCCUCAGAUCAGUGACCUUCUGAACAGGGUUCCCCGGCAGAUGCUCCUGCUUCUGAAGACCAACGACCUGCUGAGAGGCAUCGAGACCAUCCUGCAGACCCGAGCCAGUUCCAGCUCCUUCAUCAACUUGUCCCGCUGCUGCACACGUGCCAUUGCCAGACACCAGAGGGGUAAAACCACGUCCAGGAGCAGGCGACUGCAGAUCUCGCUGUCUGAGCGUUGGGCUCUGUGCCAGAUAGGCCUGUAUGAACUUAUGUUGUGGCUCCGCAGCUCUGCGCUGGCCAGAUGGGUCUCACAUCUCAUCGGCUGCCUUCCGUGCCCAAAUUGAGACGCCGGUAUCAUGCCAUGUCACCCCGGCCAGUUCCCUUCUGAGCUAAACAAUGAAUGAACUCCGUACACUUCACAGUGCAUCGUGUUUAUUCAUGGACCUUUUUAAUGAUCAUAGUGUCAAAUGAACAAAAUGGACUUUUAAACAGGUUUUAGUAGUGCACAGACUUCAUUGGUUCAUAUAAAAGUAAUGGAAAAAGUGACAGAAUGGUCAUGUGAUCAGUAUGUAUUAGAGCCAAUGGUCACUCCAUGCUUGCCUUCCUGUUAUUUAUUUUGUUACUGUAUUUACAGCCAAUAUGCAAUUUUACAGUAUCCCAAACUUGUGAAGUCCUGUAUGGAAACUGCAUUGAGGUGCUUUGUGUAUGUUCUCUAGAUCUCCACAGAUUUAAAGAGAUAGUUCACCCAAAAAUGAAGAGUUUAUUUGCAAAAACAAAUAACUCUAUUUAAAUAAAAAUACAUUUAAAAGAA